AUGAGUUUUUCGAUCGAUGAAGUUAACUUUCUUGUUUAUCGUUAUUUACAAGAAUCAGGAUUUCAUCAUUCAGCUUACACAUUUGGAAUCGAGUCUCAUAUUUCUCAGAGCAAUAUAAAUGGAGCCCUUGUACCACCGGCAGCAUUACUUAAUAUUUUGCAAAAAGGUUUAUUAUAUACGGAAGCAGAAAUAACAAUUGGAGAAGAUGGUACUGAAACCCGUCUUACUGAGAGUUUAAGUUUAAUUGAUGCUGUCACUCCAGACAUAGUUGCGGCCCGUCAAAAUGCUCAUAAUGCUCAGAAACAAGCAAUCAAAGAACCUGGCUCAGGUGGUGAGCAGAAUGGUGUUGAUGGUACAACAUGUAGUGCUACAGCAGCCCAACCAGGAGGGGCAGCAACUCCAAGUGCUCCAGAAAAUAUGGAUGUUGAUCAAUCCAUUGAAAUUCCGGCCAGUAAAGCAACUGUGCUAAGUGGGCAUGAGUCUGAAGUAUUUAUUUGUGCAUGGAAUCCUAGUACAGAUUUAUUAGCUAGUGGUUCUGGUGAUAGUACAGCAAGGAUUUGGGAUAUGUCUGAUAACCCUGCAACUACCCCAAAUCAAUUAGUAUUGAGACAUUGUAUUCAAAAGGGAGGAGCAGAAGUUCCGAGCAAUAAAGAUGUCACAUCUCUGGAUUGGAACUGUGAUGGCAACCUAUUGGCAACUGGAUCAUAUGAUGGUUAUGCCAGAAUUUGGACAACUGAUGGUACCUUAGCCUCAACACUUGGUCAGCACAAGGGACCAAUAUUUGCUCUUAAAUGGAAUAAAAGAGGAAAUUACAUAUUGAGUGCAGGGGUUGAUAAAACUACAAUUAUAUGGGAUGCAGCAUCUGGACAAUGCACUCAACAGUUUUCUUUUCAUUCUGCACCAGCUCUGGAUGUAGAUUGGCAGACAAACACUUCAUUUGCAUCAUGUUCUACAGACCAAUGUAUUCAUGUGUGUAGAUUGCAUGUGGAUAAGCCAAUUAAAAGUUUUCAAGGGCACACUAAUGAAGUUAAUGCCAUUAAAUGGGAUCCACAAGGACAGUUGCUUGCAUCUUGUUCAGAUGAUAAGACUUUAAAAAUCUGGUCCAUGAAACAGGAUACUUGUGUUCAUGAUUUAGAAGCACAUUCAAAAGAAAUUUACACAAUUAAAUGGUCUCCAACUGGGCCAGGUACACAGAAUCCUAACAUGAAUUUAAUUCUGGCAAGUGCAUCUUUUGAUUCUACUGUUCGUCUAUGGGAUGUUGAAAGAGGUGUUUGUAUACACACAUUAACAAAACACACGGAACCAGUCUACAGUGUGGCUUUUUCACCUGAUGGCAAAUUUCUUGCUAGUGGCUCAUUUGAUAAGUGUGUCCAUAUAUGGUCAACACAGACUGGUGGUCUUGUACAUUCAUACAAGGGUACAGGUGGAAUCUUCGAAGUUUGUUGGAAUUCGCGUGGUACAAAAGUUGGUGCGAGUGCAAGCGAUGGAAAUGUUUUUGUACUAGAUUUACGUAAGCUAUAA